UCAAGCUGCAGUGAGAAAGUUGCAUGGGAGUAGGCCUGGAUAUGGACGGCUGCCCGGCUCCUCUAUUCGUCAUCGCGUUUCUUCCAGCGUCCUCCUGCGUAUGCAUGCAUGCGACCGACGGGCUGAUUUCAUAACGUGGGGAGGAAGAGGAGAGGAAUGGGGCUCUGAGAGCGGAUGAGCAGCAGACCCGGUACAGGCUCCGUGCACCAGACACCGGUACAAACUCCGUGCAGCAGCAGCGGUGUUCAGGCUCUCUCUGCUCCCGGGCCAUGCAGACGGCGCGCUAGAGGAGAUGCGUUAGUGGAGGCUGCUGCUGAUGCUGCUGGAGCUGCUGCCGCUGUCCGAUCAGCUCUUAUCUGCGUCUUGAAGCAUCGUCGCCACAGCCACGGCCACAGGAAUCGAGAUCAAGCUCCGGAGCCAGGGCCACCGCAGCGCGGAUCACCGCACAGGAGGAUGGAGUUCAAGCAUCUGGUGGAGGCGGCGGAGAAGUGGUGCUCCGGGAACCCGUUCGACCUCAUCUUCGCCGAGGAGGACGACGAGAGGCGGCUGGACUUUUACGCAGAGCCCGGCGUCUCGUUCUACGUGCUGUGUCCCGGCGGCACCGACAGCUUCCACGUGUGGAGCGAGAGCGAGGACUGCCUUCCCUUCCUGCAGCUGGCCCAGGACUACAUCUCCUCCUGCGGGAAGAAGACUCUACUGGAGGUGCUGGAGAAGGUCUUCACGUCCUUCAGGCCUCUGCUGGGUCUUCCAGACUUAGAAGAUGACAGUUUUGAGCAUUACCACACUGACAUGGAGGGGGAACCAGGGCCGGACCAACAGCAGAUGGGGGUCAGCCAGCAGUGAUGAGACCCAAAAAGGAGGCCCUGCAGCUGCGGGUAGAGCUGAUCACGAGCCCUGGGCCUCUUAUCCAAACACACACACACACACACACAAACACGUAGUCGACUUGCUAAAAAUGCACCACCAUGUUCUUGAAUGUCUCAGUGGCUUUGCUUCCCAAAGAGUGCACACCAUAGCACUUUGUUGCCCCUACUGAACACACACACACACACACACACACACACACACACACACACACCCACACACACACACACACACACACACACACACACACACACACACACACACACACACACACACACACUGGCUACGUGAGCUGUAGCCAUGUACAAUGCAAGAAUCAUAAUCAUUCACCAUUCGGUUAGUUAAAGUUCCACAGCACAGCAAUAUUGGCCUCGGCCUUGGCUUUGUUAUGCAGAAAUGCAGUCAGAUACACACUUCCCCCUCGUGGCUCUGGAGAUGAAUGUGACAGAUAACCUACUUUGUCUACCCGUUUAUUGACACGGAGGCUGCAUGAAUGCCAGACGAAACAUACGCAGGUGAAAACCAACGGUUCGCGGCUUCGUUUGGGGCAAUGGGAGUGACGCAAGAAGGCGAGGAAGGAGGGCGGUGUAUCGCAACAACAGAGGGGCAGAACUUUCCACUUCACGGAGGGAGAGACGGAGGGAGCUGAGGAGUGAGGGUGUAGAGUUGUGACGUAGUUUCAGGUGAAGCUGCUCUCAGAGGGUCCCGUUUCAAACACACGGCUAAAAUAGUUGGCUCCUCGCUCGCAGCUCUGCAGUAACAUAGGUCACAUUUUGGUGGCGCGUCUCUUAGUGCGAACGAGAGCUAAAAGUCACUUCAUGGGGGACGUUUUUAAUCAGUGUUACUAUCUUAUGACCAUCACAACAAAGGCUCAUGCUGAAGAUGAAACCCUUCCCUGUUUGGGUGUCUUGCUGUCACAUGACACCCUUAGUUCUGCUGUCCUGUCGUCUUCCUGGUUGCCUUUUGUGGUUCACAGUUUUGCCCUCAUCUCUGAGCACAAUCUGACGAGACAAACCCUGCCCACUUUCUCUUCUGUGUGUGUUGUUUUGAAUUGAUCUGCGCCUCUCGAGGUUCCUCCUGACCGUGAAUUUUGACGAGCGCACACCCACAACCACCCCCCCCCGAGUGAUAUCUCAGGGGAAGGGAAAACAUGAGUGGUGACCCCCCCUCCUACCUGCCCUGUUCUUUCUAAACUGACAGUGUGUUGUUGUAUGUCACAUCCAGUGCACUGCCACGCUUCAGGCCCCCUUCGCCCUCCACCGCUCCAUCCACACUGCAAGACUGUAUCAUAUUUAUCCUGGCUUGUAAACGUUUCUGUCUUUUUAUUGCCUCUUUGAAUGUUUCUCAUACAGUGUAUCCUCUGUUUGGCCGCCGACGUGUGUGAAAUUGUUCAAUAAACCGUGUGAACAGAG